AUGUUCGAAUCGCCAUAUGCCUUCAUCGGUCAGACCUUUCAAGACUACCGUUCCCUCUCUAUCCUAUUCUUCUAUCUGUUCUCUUGCGCCGCCCUCACAACAAAAAUUCUCCUGAACAUCUAUCAGCGCUACCAAGCCCGCAAAACGCAGUCGAAUUGGCGCCACGACUAUGGGAUUCAAUUCGUCACGUUCAUUGCGCUGUCAAUUGUCAGCAUCGCAACAACAUGGCACUACAUGUUCGCUCUCUUCGCUCAUUCCUAUCGCAACUGGGAAGCCGCUCAGCCACCUAAGCAGCAGGUACUGAUUGAGCUAGCACCACGUCUAGCGAAAUGGGAGUUCUGGCUGCGGGAUACGAAACUGUUCCAGGAAGCGUGGGAAUGUGUGUCUGCGACGCCUGCACGAUCAUGGUGGAGCGAGCAGAUUUUUGAAUGGACGAUUGGGUGGAGUUUAUUCCUGGGUGUUAUGGGUCGUCGGUACAAGAUCCCCGGUGUCUGGAUGUACAUGCUGCUCGGGCAAAUUGUUGCCAUCUCAUUCGCGCUGAAUCUUUUCUUUGUUACCAUUCUUGUAUCCAGCCCGAUCGACAGCCAGUCGGUGAAGCUUGCAUGGAUGCCUCCAGCGCUCCUCGAGCUUAUGCCGGUCGUUAUAUCUGGCCUCGGUGCUGUGGCCACUCCUUUCGCCGCGAACACAGAGUACUUUAUGUAUGUUCUUGCGGUUCCUCACAUUUUACUCUUCAUUCCAGGGCUGCUCUCCCCUCAAGUUCUGCCCCAGGGCUGGGGAGCUUAUGUCGCUCAGCCUACGCGACGAUACGCUUUCGUGUACAAAUGGCUGCUCGCUUUUUCCGUGGCCAUCCAAGCACAAAGUAUUUAUUUGGUUGUUUUGAAUGCACCCAGCUCCCUAGGAAGUUCAGCGGUCGAGAUUGGGCGGAUAUUGAUCGAUGCCAUGUUCGAGCAUCCGGCCAUGAGUAGCCUUGGGUGUGAUGUGGUGUGUUGUACCAUUUCUGUGACUAUCUGGUUCUUGUUUGGGGGCGGUUUCCAGGAGAUGCUCGACUUAUAG